AUGCUGCAGUCUCUAACAGGGGAUGCUGCUGGCGGAGACCCGGGCCUGAUGGAGUCCAUGCUGAAGCAGUUUGCUGCUGAGAUGGGGGCCCCGGGGGGCCCCCCCUCCCCCCCAGCAGCUGGGGGCCCCCCCUCCCCCGCAGCUGAGGGCCCCCUGGGGGGUUUGUUCUCUGAGGGGCUGCCGUCGCUGCAGCAGAUGCUGGGGGAUUUCACAGAGAGCCCCCUGGGUUCUGGCUUGGCUUCACUUGGGCUUGGGGGGGCCCCCCGGGGGCCCUCUUUAGAGGCCCUUGAGGGACUUAUGAAGAAACUGCCGGAGCUGCAAACCCUCGCAGAGACGAUGAUAAAGAAGAGUGGUGUUGAUGGUGGUUUAUUGGUGGGGUUGCGGGAGCUGCAGCAGCUGCAGCAGCAGCAGGAGGAGGGGGCCCCUAUAGAUAUAGGUAAGAUGUUAUCUGUAUAUAGGGGUUUAUUGGGGGCCCUAAAGAAAAAAGGAAAACAACCAAAACAGCAGCUGCAGCAGCUGCUGCAGCAAAUGAUAGAGGACCCCUCUCUGUCUCCCCCCCCCAUAAGAAUACCAGACACACUCGAACGUAUAUACAACAAAUAUAAACCAGCAGCAGCAGCAGCAGCAGCAGCAGGAGGAGGAGCAGCAGGAGCAGGGGGAGGAGAAGGGUUUGAGGGAGAAUAUGAGUUCGUGAAAUAUCUGUGGCGGUUUUGGGGGGGGGCCCCAGGAGAUAGGUUUUUUCAGCUCAUACACUCCCUGCCGACACCUCUUCCUCCUCCUGAUGCAGAUCAAGGUGCUACUGUUGCUGCUGUAUGUGCUGCUGCUGCUGCUGCUGCUGCUGCUGCUGCUGCUGCAUGUGUUACCGCCCUUGUAUGUGUUGCUGCUGGUGGUUCUGCAGCAGCAGCAGCAGCAGCAAGAAACUAA